UCCCUGCAAGCUCUCGACGCCACUGGUGGCAUGAGCGUCCGGCUUCCCGGGGCCUCCAAGCCCGCCACCGCCAUGGCCGCGCUGUCCCUCCCAUCACUCCCCAACCGAACUCCACCUCCCGCCGCACCCGCCAGCUCGCCUCCCAAGUCCACCUCCGCCUCCCUGUCCCUGAAGCGUCUCUGCAAGGAAGGCGACCUGCGUCAAGCCUUACGUCUGCUGACGGCCCGGGCGCAGCCUCCUCGGGAGCACUACGGCUGGGUGCUCGACCUCGUCGCCGCCAGGAGGGCGGCCGCGGAGGGCAGGCAGGUCCACGCGCACGCCCUGGUCACUGGUUCCCUUGACGAAGACGAUGACGGCUUUCUUGCGACCAAGCUGGUGUUCAUGUACGGCCGGUGCGGGGGGGUGGACGACGCGCGCCGCCUGUUCGACGGAAUGCCCGCGCGGACCGUCUUCUCCUGGAACGCGCUCGUCGGCUCAUACCUCUCGUCCGGGAGCGCCGGCGAGGCCGUGCGGGUCUACCGGGCCAUGCGGGCGUCGGUGGCGCCGGGGUCGGCGCCCGACGGGUGCACGCUCGCGUCGGUUCUCAAGGCGUGCGGUAUGGAGGGGGACCGACGCUGCGGGCACGAGGUGCACGGUCUGGCUGUGAAGAGUGGGCUUGAUAAGAGCACCCUCGUGGCCAAUGCGCUUAUCGGGAUGUACGCCAAGUGCGGCAUGCUGGAUUCGGCGCUGCAGGUUUAUGAGUGGCUGCAGGAGGGGAGGGAUGUUGCGUCCUGGAACUCAGUUAUAACGGGGUGCGUGCAGAACGGGAGAACCUUGGAAGCCCUGGAGCUGUUCCGAGGGAUGCAGAGGUCCGGAUUCAGUAUGAAUUCCUACACAGCUGUGGGGGUGCUGCAAGUUUGUGCGGAGCUAGCUCUUCUGAAUCUGGGCAGGGAGUUACAUGCAGCACUUCUCAAAUGUGACAGUGAGUUCAACAUCCAGCUCAAUGCUUUGCUUGUCAUGUAUGCGAAAUGCAGCCGGGUGGAUAGUGCUCUAAGAGUUUUCCAUCAGAUUGAUGAGAAAGACUACAUAUCAUGGAAUUCGAUGCUCUCCUGCUACAUCCAAAACGGUUUGUAUGCUGAGGCCAUUGAUUUUUUUCAUGAAAUGCUUCAACAUGGUUUUCAGCCUGAUCAAGCCUGUGUUGUAAGCUUGACUUCUGCAUUGGGACAUUUGCGUUGGCUAAACAAUGGCAGAGAGGUUCAUGCCUAUGCUAUAAAGCAUAGUCUUCAUACUGAUUUGCAGGUUGGAAAUACAUUGAUGGACAUGUACAUAAAGUGUGAUUCCAUAGAGUGUUCAGCAAAAGUAUUUGAAAUCAUGAGCAUUAGAGAUCACAUAUCUUGGACAACAAUCCUUGCUUGUUUUGCGCAGAGUUCUCGGCAUUUUGAAGCACUGGGAAUGUUCCGAGAGGUGCAGAAACAAGGGAUCAAGGUGGAUUCUAUGAUGAUUGGAAGCAUUUUAGAAACAUGUAGUGGUUUGAAAAGCCUCUCUCUGCUAAAGCAAGUGCAUUCUUAUGCUAUUAGAAAUGGGUUGCUUGAUUUGAUACUGAAGAAUAGGCUGAUAGAUAUAUAUGGGGACUGCAGAGAGGUUCACCAUUCACUAAAUAUAUUUCAGACGGUAGAGAAAAAGGACAUUGUUACUUGGACUAGUAUGAUAAACUGUUGUGCAAAUAAUGGGUUGUUAAAUGAAGCUGUUUCCUUAUUUACUGAGAUGCAGAAAGCAAAUAUUGAACCUGAUUCUGUAGCACUAGUAAGUAUUUUGGUGGCUGUUGCUGGUUUGUCAUCAUUGACAAAAGGAAAACAGGUUCAUGGCUUUCUUAUCAGAAGGAACUUUCCUAUAGAAGGUCCGGUGGUUAGUUCCCUUGUGGACAUGUAUUCUGGUUGUGGAAGCAUGAACUAUGCUACCAAAGUAUUCUAUGGGGCUAAAUAUAAAGAUUUGGUUCUUUGGACAGCGAUGAUUAACGCUACUGGCAUGCAUGGACAUGGCAAGCAAGCCAUAGAUAUUUUUGAGAGAAUGCUACAGACUGGUCUGACUCCUGAUCAUGUUUGUUUCCUUGCUCUGCUGCAUGCUUGUAGUCAUUCAAAGCUUGUUGAUGAGGGUAAAUACUAUCUGGAUAUGAUGAUGAGCAAGUACCGGUUAAAACUGUGGCAGGAGCACUAUGCCUGUGUGGUUGAUAUUCUGGGCCGCUCAGGCCGGACUGAGGAGGCUUUCAUGUUCAUUGAGUCUAUGCCUAUGAAACCAACAUCGGUGGUGUGGUGUGCACUGCUUGGGGCAUGUCGUGUCCACAAAAACCAUGACCUUGCUGUGGUUGCAGCCAAUAAGCUUCUCGAGCUGGAACCUGACAACCCAGGCAACUAUAUUCUUGUAUCAAAUGUUUUUGCUGAGUUGGGAAAGUGGAACGAUGUCAAAGAAGUUAGAGCCAGGAUGGAAGAACUAGGGUUGAGAAAAGAUCCAGCUUGCAGUUGGAUUGAGAUAGGAAACAACGUCCGCACUUUCACUGCAAGAGAUCACUCUCAUAGAGACUCAGAGGCAAUCCAUCUGAAGCUUGCCGAGAUAACAGAAAAACUGAGGAAAGAAGGUUACACAGAGGACACAAGCUUUGUCCUUCACGAUGUGAGUGAAGAGGAGAAGAUAGGUAUGUUGCAUAAACACAGCGAGAGGCUCGCAAUAGCAUUUGGCUUGAUCAGCACUCAUUCAGGUACACCUUUAAGGAUAGCCAAGAACCUCAGGGUGUGUGGUGACUGCCACGAGUUCACCAAGCUGGUGUCCAAGCUGUUUGAAAGGGAUAUCGUGGUCCGAGAUGCCAACAGGUUCCACCAUUUCAGUGGAGGCGCUUGUUCUUGUGGAGACUUCUGGUGAACGUGAUUUAGGCCAUAGAACUAACUACAUAGGCAUCUUAUUGGCUGAGAGGUUACGCCAGAGGCAAAAUUGGUGAUGAGGCUAAGCGUUUUUAAGACUGAAAUUGUCUGUUCUGGCAAGAGGCCCCCAUGGCCUGCCGUUCUGUGGACAGAGCAACCGAGAGAAACCAUCUGUUAUCAGUCAUUUACAGUAGGGCUACUACCUAUUUGGAUUGGUGUUAUGCAAUGUAAAUGAUUCUUCUUUUAGCCAUUAUACAGUCACUAACUUUUUUUGUUAAAAAGAUGUGCAAACUGGAUAGUAUAAUAGCCAAAGAAAAAGAAUACAUGUUAUUGUUAAAGAAACUUUUUCACCUCUACUGCACUUU